AUGGCGGCGAUCACUGAUUUUCUGCCUAGUGAGUACGGAUACGUAGUUCUCAUCCUCGUCUUCUACUGCUUCCUCAACCUCUGGAUGGGUGCUCAAGUCGGCAGAGCUCGCAAAAGGUACAAUGUGCCGUAUCCAACUCUAUAUGCAAUAGAAUCAGAAAACAAAGAUGCUAAGCUCUUUAACUGUGUUCAGAGAGGGCACCAAAACUCUUUAGAGAUGAUGCCAAUGUACUUCAUACUUAUGAUCCUUGGUGGAAUGAAACAUCCUUGCUUCUGUGCUGGUUUGGGUUUACUCUACAACGUUACUCGUUUCUUCUACUUUAAAGGUUACUCUACUGGAGAUCCCAUGAAACGCCUCACCAUCGGGAAGUAUGGUUUCUUGGGGUUGCUUGGUUUGAUGAUCUGUACCAUCUCGUUUGGUGUUAGUCUCAUCCGUGGCUAA